GUGUAAAUUCAAAAUAAUGAUUCACCAUUUCUAAUUUGAAUCUCUCCAUAAAUCGUCCACUGUCUGUUACUGUUAGCAUUUAAUGAUCAGGGCUCUUAAUUCGCAAUACAGCUGAUCCACGAUGUCUCGAACUGAUAGUAGCGAAGAUGAAAUUGGAUUACGAACGCCACUCUCUUUCAGAAAAGGAUCUCGGUGCAGCCUUCGGACACCAGCAACCCCAUCGUCCAUCGCUAGCUCCGUAAUAUUUGGGCAAAUCCCGGAAGAAGUACUUCGCGUUUGGAGUCAACUACCAGAAGCGAUACGUUUGGAUCCCAGCUUGGCAGUCUUUCGAAGGGAAUAUGAUCGUGUCCAUUCUGGAGAAGGAAUGUCUACAGAUGGAAUGAAGAAAGACUGCCUGGUAGUAAACAUGUCCCUUGAGACACAGCCAUAUCCACGAAUCGAAAAUAAAUUAUGCGAUGAAGAUAUUACGGAAACUUCCGAAACGAAACAGAGCGCGCUUUAUCGUUAUACCAAAUUAAUUAUAUUGUGUUGCUGCUGGCUAACUUUCACUUUAGUGCUGAUGCUGAACAAUGAAAGGGUCGAGUCGAUGCAUCAAAUCUCAAUUCCCAAGGGACAAAUAAAAAAUUAUAAAUUGUACGGUGAUGUUCGUAGUAGGCAAGUUAGUAUAACGCUGGAGGGUUCGUUACUUCCGCCAGUAAAAUCAUUAACAGAUUAUGCAAAUGUGUCCGAGAGCUAUUUGAUGAUAUGGUUGGAACUAAUAGUUAACGAAACAAAUAAUACCAAUCAGUUUUUGUUCGAGCCCGGCGAAAUGAAGAAUAUGAGCGAUGUAUGGAUUUUACCAAUACUUCCGGAGAACCUGAUGGACAUUUUCCCUGGACAGAGGCAUCAGAAAGUUUUCCCAUUGUCAAAUAUUAACAAAACAACGAUAGAAGAAGGCGAAAUAUCGAUUAACUUAAAAACUAAUCUAGAGUCCAGUUUCGCUGUUUCUAUCAGUUACGAUUUAUCAUCUAUAGACAAGGCCGAUGGUAUAGCGUACGCUGCCGUAGUUUUACUCGGAUUAUAUUUAUUAAUAAUAUUCGAGGUCGUCCAUAGGACUUUAGCUGCUAUGUUAGCCUCGACUAUGUCCAUUGCAAUAUUAGCUGCUUUACACGAGAGACCAAGUAUGGGUGAAUUGAUAUCGUGGAUAGAUAUCGACACAUUAAUGUUAUUGUUCUCGAUGAUGAUACUCGUUGCCGUGGUCGCCGAGACAGGGAUAUUCGACUGGCUAGCAGUAUACGCUUACAAGAUCACUGGGGGAAAGAUAUGGCCACUCGUAGGAACACUCUGCUUCUUUACGACAUUCAUUUCUUCUUUCUUGGAUAACGUCACGACGGUGUUGCUGAUGACACCGGUAACGAUAAGAUUGUGCGAGGUGAUGGAAAUAAAUCCUGUACCGAUACUAACGGCGAUGGUCGUUUAUUCUAACAUCGGUGGCACCCUCACGCCGAUAGGCGAUCCACCGAACGUGAUCAUCGCAUCGAACCGCGAUGUUAUUAAUAGUGGCAUCGAUUUUAGUACGUUCACGAUACAUAUGAGCAUCGGUGUAAUACUUGUAGUGUUCGUAGUGUUCGCGCAGCUGCGAUUCAUCUUCCGCGAUAUGGCUGGUCUGAAAUUCGCCGAACCACAAGAUGUACAGGAACUGAGGCAUGAAAUUGCUAUCUGGCAAAGAGCCGCAGCUAGUUUGUCGAGUUACAGUAAGGAUGAAAACGUGGUCCGAGAAACGUUGUUAAAAAAGGUACAACGACUACUUUCCCAGUUGAAGAAGAAGCUAUUGACCGGCAGCGUGGCGCUUGAAACGUACAAGACCACGCUCGAAGAACUGCAAGAAAAGUAUCCUAUUCGGGACAAAUGGUUGCUAGUGAAGUCUGGGUUCACGUUGAUCUUCGUUAUCACAUUGUUCUUUUUACACAGCAUCCCGAAUCUAAAUUUGUCGCUAGGGUGGACCGCGUUGAUCGGUGUUCUUUUAUUAUUAAUUUUAGCGGACAGCGAAGAUCUGGAUGGCCUCAUGGCACGCGUGGAAUGGAGCACUUUAUUAUUCUUCGCGUCGUUGUUCAUUCUCAUGGAGGCUUUGUCGCGUUUAGGUUUAAUGGCUUGGAUAGGGAAACAAACGGAGAUGAUUAUUCUAUCCGUGAACGAGGAGUCCCGAUUGGCAGUAGCUAUUUUAUUGCUGCUUUGGGUAUCGGCGGUUGCGAGCGCAUUCGUCGACAACGUGCCACUGUCGACGAUGAUGAUAAGGAUCGUCACUGGUCUGGCGCAAAAUCGCGAGCUCAAAUUACCCCUGCAGCCUUUGGUAUGGGCGUUAGCCUUCGGCGCCUGCAUGGGAGGAAAUGGAACUCUGAUUGGAGCUACCGCUAACGUAGUCUGCGUAGGAGUUGCCGAGCAACAUGGAUACAAAUUCACUUUUAUGGAAUUUUUCAAAGUGGGCUUUCCAAUUAUGCUGACAAGUACCAUGACGAUAACCAUGUACUUAAUGAUCGCUCACGUGAUUUUCCAGUGGAACGGAUAAUGUAAUUAUUACGAUCCGUGUUUGAUAUUCUCGUAGCCCGGCCUGCGAAAAAAUGUUUAAGCCACUCGAAUGGAAUAUUAUUUAUUCAUGCCCCCUUGUAAUAUUUGAUUAAUAUUACAAUCGCCUGAUGCGGCGUUAUGGAAAUUUACUUCAAUAAAUAAGAAUUUAUUUUAUGAUAAUUUUAUUGAAUUCAUUUCGAUCAAACCAGAUUCUCUAAUUGUAAAAAUUAUAUUACAAUCAAUUCUAUUACAGAAGGUUUUAAAACUGUACCACGAAAAAAAUAUACAAUUAAACGUUUAAAAAUGUCUACCAAAUAGUUCACUGAUAUCAUUUAAGUACGCUAACUUAAAAAGUAUGUUACAUGCUACUUAUAAUGUAAAUAUAUUACUGUUUAUUUAACUUACAAUUUACUGGUUUUAGAUUAUGGAUUUACGGUAUCCGAAAAUUGAUAAACCUGUCGAUUGAUACUUAAAAAUACAUUUCCUAUCAAAAUUUUACAAGAAAUCGAACUAUUUACUCAUAAAUAAAUCAUAAAUAUAUUACCUUAAUCCUGGUGUAUUAAAUAUACGACGUUAUAUGAAUAAAAAUAUAUCAGUGAUGAACAAUUCAUUUCACAGACAACAUAGGUUUAAAAAGGAUUAAAGCAAUUGUAUAUAAUAUAAAAAUCAAAAAGUCGGCCAGACUAUUGAUUCAUUUGCUUAAAACUUCUACCCAG